AUGUCAAAAAAGAAACAGGUUAUGACAAGCUGGCGAUUUCGCUGGAGAUCGUGUAAAGGAAUUGCUCCCAAUCUCACUGGUAAUUUUACUGGAGAUCGCACUGACGGUCUUUUUAAAGGUCUCGCUGGAGGUCACGCUACAAAUCUUGCUGACAGUCUUGCUGGAGAUCACGCUGAUAGUUUUUCUAGAGGUCUCGCUGUCGGUCUCACUGGAGGUCGUUUUGCUGGGAGAUGUGCUAAUGGUAUGGCUGCCGGUCUCGCUGGUAAAUUUGCUAGCGAUCACAGUGACGGUUUCGCUCGAGAUCACGCUGACGGUCUUUCUGGAGGUCUCGCUAGAAAUCACGCUGAUGGUCUCGCUGACGGUUUCGCUGGAAGUAGUUUCGCUGGAGGUUUUGCUGAUGCUAUUGCUGCUGGUCUCGCUGAUAAUUUUGCUAACGAUUAUGGUGAUGGUAUGGCUGGAGGUCUCGCUGAAGAUCACGCUGACGAUCUUUCUGGAGGUCUCGCUGGAGAUCACGCUGACGAUCUUUCUGGAGGUCUCGCUGGAGAUCACGCUGACGAUCUUUCUGGAGGUCUCGCUGGAGAUCACGCUGACGAUCUUUCUGGAGGUCUCGCUGGAGAUCACGCUGACGAUCUUUCUGGAGGUCUCGCUGGAGAUCACGCUGACGAUCUUUCUGGAGGUCUCGCUGGAGAUCACGCUGACGAUCUUUCUGGAGGUCUCGCUGGAGAUCACGCUGACGAUCUUUCUGGAGGUCUCGCUGGAGAUCACGCUGACGAUCUUUCUGGAGGUCUCGCUGGAGAUCACGCUGACGAUUAUGGUGAUGGUAUGGCUGGAGGUCUCGCUGAAGAUCACGCUGACGAUCUUUCUGGAGGUCUCGCUGAUGAUUACGCUGACGGGUUUUCUGGGAGUCUCGCUGGAGAUCUAGCUCACGAUCUCGCUGGAGAUCACGCUGACGAUCUUUCUGGAGGUCUCGCUGGAGAUCACGCUGACGAUCUUUUUGGAGGUCUCGUUGGAGAUUACGCUGACGAUCUUUUUGGAGGUCUCGAUGGUGAUUACGCUGACGGUUUUUCUGGGAGUCUCGCUGCAGAUCAAGCUGACGAUCUCGCUGGAGAUCACGCUGAUGAUCUUUCUGGAAGUCUCGCUGGAGAUCACGCUGACGGUCUUUCUGGAAGUCUCGCCGGCCAUCAUGCUGAGGAUCUUUCUAGAGGUCUCGCUGGUGAUCACGCUGACGGUAUUGCUGGUAAUUUUUAUGAUUACUGUAAUAUGGUAAGCAAACUAACCCGCAGAAUGUUUAGCGAGAUGAACUGA